GACCAAUCUUUUAUAAAAAAAAUCUUCUUUUAAAUUUAUAUAUUUGUUUCCAUUGAACUCAAUUGUUUCAUCUUUUACUUGAAACACAAAUGCCCAUAGAGUGUAAAAGAGAAAUGCUUUUCUAUGAUGAAAUCAACCCAAAAAGAAUAGUUUAUUUGUUAAUUGCUUUAUAUCUCUGCGUUUCUUGCUUGUUUUUUCCUUCUUCCAGUCUUGUAGGAUCUGUAACUCUGCAACCAACCCCGUUUCAGUUGUCAGUCUAAUAAUUCAACCUUUUGGGUUUCUAGUUGUUCUUCAAUUGAAAAGAAAACAAAAAGGAUAGUGAAGAAUAUUCAUCCUCUUGUAUUGAGUUCUCGGUGUACUCUUCAGCUAUUAGUCUGAUUCAUAUACACACAUAUAUAUGUGUGUGUGUGUGUGUGUAUAUCCACUACAUCAUGCCAUGAUCUGGAGAGAUAAAUAGCGCAAAAUCAUAUAUGUAUUGUUUUUUUCAGAUAGAGAAACGAGGCCUUGUCGGAUACUGAUCCAGUGUCUCUCUUACUGAAAAAAGAAGAAGCAAUAACAGGCUUGAAAUGGAUUGGAGCUUCAACAAGCAAAGCUCCGGUUAUGUAUCCGAACUCUAUCAAGAACCGGUUCCCGAUAUACCGCAUAUCGGUGAAUCUAUCCCAUUCGGGUCACCGAGUUCGAAUAAGAAAGGAGAGUUUUCAUUUGAUCUGCAACUUGGCAAUGUAGGGAACUCUUAUGUUUCAGCUUCUGGUAAUAACAAUGACACAGAGCCAUUGACGGCCAGUGGUGGUAAAUGGAAGGAGGCAAAACCAGAGUCUUCAUCGUCGUGGUCGAGGUCGGGGCCGUUAUCGAAGAGAUCACGAGAGAUCGGUGACGGAACACGGACUCCGUUUUGCGUAGUGGACGGGUGUGAUUCCAACCUUAGUAACUGCAGGGAGUAUCAUAGGAGACAUAAGGUCUGUGAGGUUCAUUCCAAGACUCCUGCUGUUACAAUCAAUGGUCGGAAACUGAGGUUUUGCCAACAAUGUAGCAGGUUUCAUUCCCUGGAAGAGUUUGAUGAAGGGAAGAGAAGCUGUAGGAAACGUCUCGACGGGCAUAACCGUAGAAGAAGGAAGCAUCAGCCCGAUCCCGAUCCUGUCGGCACCCGUCCCUCGAGUUUCUCGUCAAGUUUCCGAGAUACCAAGUUGACGCAGUUGUCUGGAUUACAAGUGCUCACAACCAUGGCCGAGGCAGCAAGUCCUGGUUGGAGGAGCAGCCAUAAUAACAGGAAGAGUGAUAGUACGAGAUGGACGAGUUGGGUCAGUGACUCGGACUGUGCUCUCUCUCUUCUGUCAUCCUCUUCUUCAUCGCACCAUGAAAACGUCCUGCAGAAUCAGCAGCAGCCAAGAACGAGAGCGUCGAUCCCUCUCGCGGUUCAGUCGCUGCCUUAUUUAGCCCACGAGCCUUUUGUGUCGUACGGCUCUGACGGGUCGGUUGUGUCCGGGAAUGGAUCUGUCUCUGUUCCUCGGGCGUUCCCAUUUCAUUGGGAGUAAUGACUCUUCUCCAAUCUUGUUGUGUCUUCUGAGAUUGUAUUCGUUAUGAACAGUUGUAUGUUAUUUCACACACAAUCAUUUGUUUGAUUGAUUCACAUAAUGGACACAACAUGUUUUUCCCUGAAUCUGUUAUUGUCUUUGAUCUUUCUUGUA